AUGAGGCCACUGCACUUCCUACUCACCUUGCUGGCCUGCGUAGCCCUGGUCAGAGCCUUCACCAAGGAAGAUCAUGAUAUCUUCAGAAUUCGAAACGAAUUGGAGGACGCGGAGGGCAAGGGGACAACAUUCUACGAAUUCCUCGGAGUUGAGAGCACAGCCACCGUCGAUGAUAUCAAGAAAGCCCUAAGAAAAAAGUCCCGAACCCUACACCCUGACAAAGUCAGACAGACCUUCAUCGCCAACAAGUCUACCCGUCCCCCAAAGAAGUCGGGUGAGAAAAGAGACAAGGGGGUGCAUGUUUCCAAAGGUCCAUCGCAGCGGGAGAUUUCAAACUUCAUGACUGGAGCGACGGCGCGAUAUCAACGACUGUCCGUUGUGGGAGGGAUUCUGCAGUCAGAGCAGCGAGACCGGUACGACCACUUUCUCAAGCACGGGUUUCCGACAUGGAAGGGCACUGGCUACUAUUAUUCUCGUUACCGACCUGGCUUAGGCACAGUUAUCUUUGGGCUGUUCCUUGUCGGUGGAGGAUUGGCUCACUACUUUGCAUUGACGAUCAGUUACCGACGGCAGCGAGAGUUCAUGGAGCGCUAUAUCCGAUCAGCACGCAAGCAAGCCUGGGGCGAUGAAAGUGGUAUUGUUGGUAUCACGGCACCGACACCCGUUGAGCUUCCUGCCGAUGAUUCAGACCAAAUGUCGGGCCUUACCCGCAAACAAAAGCGUGAGAUGGAGCGUCAGCAGAAGAAAGAAAAGAAGACGGGGAACGGCAGGUCUAAAGAGCCGAAGCCGGAGAAGAUUCAGACAACGACUGGUGAGAGGAGACGUGUGGUCGCCGAGAAUGGCAAGGUGCUCAUUGUCGACUCGGUCGGCAAUGUCUUCCUGGAAGAGGAAGAUGAAGAGGGCAACGUCGACGAAUUCCCCCUCGACUUGGACGAGAUCCACAAGCCGACCUUCCGUGACACAGCGGUCGUACGCGCUCCCAUCUGGCUAUACCGCAAAGCAUUCGACCCUUUCAUGAAGAACACCCAUCCUGUGCCCAGCGAUGAGGUCGCUACCGUGGGUAAUGAGCCUGAGCCGGAGGUCGUUGUCCCAGCUAUCAGCAUGAGCUCCAGUCAGAUCUCUGACAAUGGCUUCGAGAUUGUCGAUGCUACAGGCGUCGAAUCGGAUCGAAAUACUGGCGGCAAGAAGCGAAGAAAGGGAAAGAAAUAG